UAACCAAGGGCUUUCCGAGGGAAGAGGAGGGGCUUAAGUGUGUACAGUCAGGUAGUCGCCGAACACAACACUAACGAAAUGGAAUAAAUAGUGGACCAAGGCAAGAAAAGAGGCAAAAACAAUGACAAACUAUCGUUUAUCUACAGCGCUUAGAUUUCCUUGGAAGACAUUGACUUUGCAAGCCCAUCUCGUGGGUGCUCAACUGUGUCGCUUUGAUUGGAUGAGUUCCUUGGAGCAGCCCGUUCCACGCCUGCCUUUUGCCUUAACGAUUUACGGUGCGUGCGGUAAGGACCGUUAAAUCAUCGCUGGGUCCUUGCUGGUACACAUUCAAAGUGCCUUGUCCUGUUUCUUCUAGCAUCCUGACCGGAACUUUGCCUGACUCAGCUGCACAUUGUCACCUCGCUGCGCCACUAUGCCCUGCCCUGCCCUGCGUGUCAGAUCCCCGGAGGAGUACCCCAGCCCGAGGCGAACAGUGGCGAGGCGAACAGCGGCCAUGGUUGUCCUCGUCAUCUCCCUUCUCUCUUUUGCAGCGUUGAUUGAGGGGGAGUCCACUGAUGCAGCCACUCCAGUCAACAACCACUCAGCAUCUCAGUGUCUUGACUGGGGCGAGUUGGAGCCGCCCGUGGUCGUGCGGGAGGGGGAGGUGGGGUGGCUGCGCUGCGAACUCCACCACUCCGUCUACAACUACAGCUCCACGCAGGCCAGCGGCCUGAACCUCCUCUGGUUCCGCGAGACGGCCGACCAGCUGCUGGAAGAGCCCAUUAAACUCAAGCAGUACUUCAAGGACAAAGAGUGGCUGUGGCUAGAACCAGCUACCCAGCAAGACUCUGGCAAAUACAUCUGCAUGUUGAGCAACAAGACGUUCUGCAUAAGGAUCGCCAGGAGACUGGAGGUGUUGCCGCAGGAAGACAGCGAGUGUGUGGGGCAGGCCGCCGCCGCUGUACUCCCCAAAAAGGUGAACAUCCCCAUCCAGAGCAUGAGGACGUUCACUUGUCCUGAUGUCGACAUGGUACAGCACCGCAACCUCAACCAUACCACCACUUGGUACCAUAACUGCAAGACUUUGGAUGCUAUGGGUAGGUCCCAAAUGGACGCUAAGGGGGACACUGUCACUGUGUAUCACAUGUAUGAGUUUUUCGCGGGCAACUACACAUGCGUGGUGUCCUACAGCAAGGCUGGUCGGCAUGUCAACUUCACCCGAGUGGUCCAGGUUGUCCCUGUCUCCAAUGACAGGGUCCCUAAAGAGCCCACGAUACACAAUCCUGACAAGGCCCAAGUCUACCCAGUUAAACUAGGUGAGACAGCAGUACUGACCUGUAAGGCACGACUGCCCUACCUGGAAGGAGAAACACAGGAGCUCUGGUGGACGGUGGACGGCAAGGUGGCGGAGCAGAUGGGUGACCAACGCUUCAGUGUCACCUCCAGGAUGCUAGAGUAUGAGAAUGGGGACGAGACCAGAGAGACCGUGCUCAGCAUUCAGGACUUCAAGCGGGAGGAUCUAAACAAAAAGUACAACUGCACUGCUCGCAACGGCCGGGGCAUGGCCACAAGCCGAGCAGUCCUCAAGGAGGAGGAGAGGAAGCCUUAUGUGGAGCUGAGCUGUGGGCUGGGUGUCAUAAUGCUCAUCAUGGUGUCCAUGUUCGUGGUGUACCAUGUCUUCUGGCUGGAGCUGCUGCUCCUCUACCGCUCCCACUUUGGCUCUGAUGAGAGGUUCACAGAUGAUAAGGAGUAUGACGUGUACAUCUCCUACGCGCGUAACAGUGAAGAGGAGGAGUUCGUGGAUAAGACACUGCGCAGGGUGCUGGAGAAUGAACUGGGCUACACUGUGUGCAUCUUCGACAGAGACAGCCUACCUGGAGGCACCAUAACAGACGACACGCUGAGGUUUGUGAAGAGCUGCCGGCGGCAGAUAGUGGUGGUGAGCCCCGAGCGGGAGGUCCAGGGCACGCAGGCCAUGCUGGAGCUGCGGGCCGGCCUGGACAGCAUGGUGUGGGACGGGGACCUGCGGGUCAUCCUGGUCCAGUACAAGCCCAUUCGCCGCGACAAAUGGGUGCGGGAGCUGCGGCUGGCCCGUGGGGUCCUGGCGCUGGUCCGCUGGGAGGGAAAGCGCUCCCAGGACAUCUCCUCGCGCUUCUGGAAAAGGCUCCAGGUGGAGCUGCCUGUCAGGAGGGUCAUAGGGUCGUUGCCGUUGGAGACGGUGACAACCGAGGAGGACACAAUGCAAAUGAGGAGUAUAGACACAGUGAAACGCAUAGGAGCCCUAAGCUGUAUACGGUCAUAUGGUUGUGACUGUUGUAUAGGAGAUCACUCACAUAGUGCUCUAAAUACAUGACUAUUUGCAGUUAAAGCUACAUUGCAGACACGACAUAUGUUGGAUUUUUUUAAAAGCAGUUCAGUUGUUGAAACGCUUGCAGUUCCAUUUCAUAAUGUCAGUAAUUUCUCACCCUUUCAGUAUUUUAUUGAAUCAUUUUUCUGUAUGUUCACAAGUGUCAUAUUUGUAUACAUUUCAGUGUUUAUAUUUAUAUAUUUAUAUUGUUUUUUAAAUAAAUAUCAUCCAUUUUUCAUG